AUGAGUUCUCAAUUAGGUGCAAUAAACAGCAUAAAUAAUCUUAUAGGCAAAUUAUUUACACAGCCUAAAGGAGAUUUCGCUGGCCGUCUAAAUUCUCGUGUUACAGUUACAAUUUUGGGUAUUUCUGCCGGUCUUCUUUUAACUACACAUUUUUGGGGUGAUCCUAUAACUUGUUGGAUACCAGCAGAAUUUCCCAAAGUUUGGGCUGAAUUUGUAGAUCAAUAUUGCUUUGUUCAUGGAACAUAUUGGGCACAUCUUGUUGAGCCUUUGGAUUAUGAUAAAGAAACUAGGCAGCGAGUAUUUAUUGACUAUUAUCAAUGGGUUCCAUAUGUACUAGCUGCACAUGCUCUAUUUUUCUACAUUCCGCGCUUUCUUUGGCGCAAAAUGGCACAAUUUUCUGGUUAUGAUUUGGCUUCUAGUGUUCAAUAUGUUGAUCAUCUUUGGAAUCAGAUUCGUUCAUCAAACUUCCAAUCUCGAGUAGACUCCUUCGAACGUCAAGCAGCUCCCUACCUUUGGGAUGGUAUUCGACUUUCACGUCGUCGAAGCCGUGGCCAAUUAGUUCUUUAUUAUGUAAUAUAUACAUUAAUACAAGCUACUAAUUCAACAAUAAUGUUUAUGUGGUUAAAUGCUUUGGUUGGAUCUCCAAUGUAUUCAUGGAGAGGACCUUCGAUUCUUGUUGAUUUACUUAAUGGUUUAGAUUGGCAAGAGACAGGACAUUUUCCAAGAAUAACACAUUGUGAUUUUACAAAGAGAAAACCUGCUUCCGUGCAGGUUGAAACAGUAAUGUGUGUUUUGACAUUAAAUAUUUACUAUGAGAAAUUAUUUAUAUUUCUUUGGUUUUGGUAUUUAUUUGUCUGUCUUUGUAGUUGGGCUAAUUUUCUCAGCUGGUCUAAAGGCAAGAAUUUGAAAGUUUCUUUAAAAUAAAUUUUUUAUUUAGCCCUUUGCUUUCCUUCUGCCUCACGUCUUCGACUUCAAGCAUUUUUAACUUUACAUUCUGGGGCAGCUUUUAAUUUGGAAAGAUUUGUCCGGACGUUAGGCCCAGAUGGAGUAUUUAUUCUUCAUCAGUUAUUUAACUUUGGCAAUGUAUAAUUUAAUGGAUAGUGGAGAAAAUGAGUCAAGGCAUUUAU